GAGCAGCAACAGUGACUCUCGCGGCUGCUGCUUCCACGGUACUCAGACCAGCAAGAUUGGCAACACAGUAGUGAACCACUGCUCAAUGAUCCUGCCUUUUGUCAAAAUAAUACAGUAAAGUGUCGUGAGAUGGAAAUAAGAACAGAAAUAGAAAUUAAGGCACAGGUGUCCUCAGUAUUAUGAGUGAAGAGAAGUGUGUGUUGACAGCAUGACUAUAUCGGUGAAGUGUUGUGUAGCGCGGCACUCUCACAUGGCUGCCCCCUAAGAUGGUGUUGGUGGAGAUGGCCGGGGCGGAGGACACCAUCUACUUGUGCAACUUCCGGGUUUCUGUGGAUGGUGAUUGGCUGUGCUUGAAGGAGCUAGCAGAGGGAGGCACCACCAGCGUAGGGGUCGCUAAGGUGGACAGCUCUGCGUCCUCAUCCCCUGGGUCACCCCCGCCCUCAGGUGCCUACACCCACCACCACCACCAUCACCACCUCCCACCUGGCUCCUCUUGCUCGCACACUCUACCCCUCUCUGAGCCACUGAUGUUGAACCCACCAGACUCGGCCAACACCUCGGAGGGAUCUGCCGAUGGGAGCCCCCCGCCUCACAACCCCGCCCUGGCUUCUGAGGGCGGGGCAGUGGGCCGGGCACUCAGCGUGCUCCCUGGCCUCCCGCCGGGGCUCUUCGCGCCCUAUGUGCCGCUCAGCUGUGAGCGGGAUCCUGUGUGCAUUGAGCGUAGUAACCUGGUAAACAUCUGCAAGUUGGUGGUGAAAGAACUCAUUGAGUCCUCCCUCAAGUUUGGCCGCCAGUUGGAUUCAGACUCAGUGCCGCUACAACACUUCUUCAUUGUUCUAGAGCAUGUCCUGCGGCAUGGCCUCAAGCCCAAGCGGGGCUUAUUGGGACCAAAAAAGGAACUAUGGGAUCUUUUUCAAUUUGUGGAGAAGUGGAGUUACGAAGCUCAGGACAUCACAGCGAGUGUCCGUGAUUUACCUACAGUCAAAACCCACAUUGGGCGAGCACGUGCAUGGCUUCGACUUGCCCUCAUGCAGAAGAAGCUUGCUGACUACUUCCGGCUGCUGAUUGAGCGGAGAGAUGAACUGUUGACAGAGUUUUAUGAGACUGGGGCAUUGAUGCUGGCAGAUGAGGCUAUUGUCAUUAUGGGACUCCUGGUGGGCCUGAAUGUGAUUGAUUGUAACCUGUGUGUCAAGGAGGAGGAUCUAGACAGCCAAAUGGGAGUGAUUGACUUCUCACUGUACCUGCGCAACACUGGGGCAGACACAAGUCCUGAAGACAGUCAGGAGCAGACAGACAUGACUACAGUACUCGACCAAAAGAACUACAUUGAGGAGCUUAAUCGCCACCUCAAUGCGACAGUAACCAACCUCCAAGCUAAGGUGGAAACUCUGAUUACCACUAAUGCUCUGAUGAAGGAGGAUUUGGCCAUUGCAAAGAACACUAUCAUACACAUGCAGGGUGACAAUGAUCGUCUAAGGAAUGAAAGAGGUCUCCCCACACAGCAGCAGCAGGAACAAAUGGACAAGGAGGCUAAGAAAGCAAGUCGGGUGAGUGUGAUUGGAUGUGAGGAGGAGAUGCAGGACCUCAAGCUGCAGCUGGAAGAGGAGAGUGCCCAUAGGAAGCAGGUAGAAAAGGAGCUUGAGUUACAGAUCCAAAUGAAGGCAGAGAGUGAAAUGGCAGCAAAGCUUCUGGAGAAGGAUAUUCAUGAGAAGCAAGACACCAUCAUCUCCCUCCGCCAGCAGCUGGAUGAAAUCAAGGUCAUUAAUCUGGAGAUGUACAGAAAGUUGCAGGAAUGCGAGAGCUCAUUAAAACAGAAAACUGAACUCAUCGGUCGUCUGGAGGCCAAGGCAGGAGAAAUGGCAGAGACUAUUCGCAAUUUGGAGUCACAGUAUGAGGAGUGUCUUCUUCAGAAAGAGGCAGCCAAGACCACUGCCAUGAAGCUGAGUGACAAGGUCUCUAAUGGAGAAUUACAAUCGACCACCUUAGAAACUGAUCUCAAGAUAGAGCGAGAGUGGCGACAGUCCUUGCAGGAAACUCUAGUGAAGGACCGUGAAGUGAAAGCAGAACUUAUGCAGCAGAUCAAAGAACUCACCAAACAACAAGAAGAAUAUCAGAUUCUAAAGGGAGCACACAUGCAGCUGAUAUCUACUGUUGAGAAUCAGGAGAGGACUCUUGAGGAACUGGGAGCACAUCUUUCUGAGUCCAAGCUAAAGAUGGCCGACCUGCGAGAUGUGAGCAAGUCCCUCCGUGAUGCUCAGUGGGCACCAGACAAGGAAGCCAGUAACUGUCGCCUCUGUGAGAAAGAGUUCAGCAUCUCCCGCAGGAGACACCACUGCCGCCAUUGCGGUAAUAUAUUUUGUCACAGCUGCAGUGACAACACAAUGCCUCUUCCCUCCUCAGCCCGCCCAGUCAGAGUUUGUGAUACAUGCCACACUCAGCUGCUGCAGCGGUACUCCAACUCUGAAAACUAAUUGUGUGGCUGGUUGUCACAUCCUCAGAACAAUCCUAUCCAUUCGCAUUGAGGCUGGUUAUAUGCAUUUCUGUUGCCAUAAUGCCAAAGCAAUGUGCUCUUUGUAUCAGAGCUGGAAUUGGUGCAACACUGUAUAUUUCAUGUAAAUUUUAAGAGAUGUGAAUAGUGUCAAUACAAGUAGAAAGCUUUAUAAUUUUGUACGUAAUUAGAAUUCCAAAGCUAAAUGUUUCUAUUAGCAGUUAAAUGAAGGAGAGGUGUUUCUUCAGGCUCACCUUCACAUUCUUCCAAAGGAAUCACAUUGCACUGUGGUGUUUGCAUCUUGUCCUCUUGGUGACAAGCAGAUGAUUCACUUGUUGCGGAGGGAGACAAAAAUUUUAAUUUGCAGAUCUGACUUAAUUUAUAUAGAAAACAUGUAUAUAAAUCAAAGAAAACAUACAUAAAAGGAAUCAAAUGAAUGGCAGAGGUCUUAUUUAUCUGCUGCAUGUGUUACUUUAUUCUCCAGCCCUCUUGAGCUUGUACAGUGCUAAAUUGUAUGAGUAGCAAAAAAAUCAUUGUUACAUGUAAAGCAGCUGACUUUAUCAAGAGAAGCAUUUAAUGAAUGGUUUUGUUCAUUAUGUUUUGGUUUACAUUGCUCACCAACAUUUAAUAACACAUGGGAAUAUGUAUGGUUUGCAUUUAUCAGUAAAAAAGGAGGAUAUUGUUAGUAUAGGUAUCCUUAAGAAACUUGUUAUUUGAGAUUGACAGUUGUUACAGUCAUUUUGUAUUUUUACUUUUUUUUUCUAUUUGCUCCUGUAUUUAUUAUUGUAUCAAUUAUGAUAAAUACAUUUUUUAACUUAAGAUUACUUGAAAAAGAGAGAAGGGAGAGGGAGGACAAGAAGAUAUACUGUACAAAGUUUGAGAGAAAGAUCCCUUUGUAAAAUGUAAGACAAAGAUCUGAGAGAGAGAGAGAGAGAGAGAGAGAGAGAGAGAGAGAGAGAG